CCACUCAACACACACUUCAUCUUUCUCUAUUUUCCAAUCUUUCCUCCUCUCCCUAAAACCUUCACAAAAAUGGCGAAUGCUCAUCGUCUGGUUCAAUUUCUCUUCGUAGUCUCCAUCUUCCACGUCUCCUUUGCUGGGAGACGACUCACUGAGUUAGUCAGCGACGCGUCUAACCUUUUGCAAUACCACAACGGUGCUCUUCUCACCGGAGAUAUCUCCGUCAAUUUCAUCUGGUAUGGCAACUUCAAACCGUCGCAGAAAGCCAUUGUCUCCGAUUUCAUCACCUCACUCUCCUCCGGAUCCGGAGUUUCUCCAAAAUCUCAGAUCGAACCAUCCGUCGCCACGUGGUGGAAGACCACCGAGAAAUAUCAGAUGAAAUCAAAGAAGCAACGUUCACUUACGCUCCGACUCGGUAAACAAAUAUCCGACCCGGCUUAUUCUCUUGGAAAGUCGUUGACGGACGAGCAUCUGGUUCAGUUAGCUUCCAAAGGGGAGUCAAGGAACGCUGUUAACGUCGUGUUAACGGCAUCCGACGUGGCAGUUGAUGGGUUUUGCUCCAGCAGAUGCGGGACCCACGGAUCGUCGUCAUCAUCUUCGAAGAUUCCGAAUGGGAAAGGAAAGAAUAACAAAUUUGCGUACAUCUGGGUUGGUAACUCGGAGACUCAGUGUGCGGGUCAAUGCGCGUGGCCAUUCCACCAGCCGAUCUACGGACCACAGGCUGCACCGCUGGUGGCACCCAACAACGAUGUCGGUCUCGACGGAAUGGUCAUUAAUUUGGCCGGUUUGUUGGCGGCUACAGCCACCAACCCAUUUGGAAACGGGUAUUAUCAGGGGGAUGCAAGCGCACCCUUAGAAGCUGCAUCCGCAUGUCCUGGUGUGUAUGCUAAAGGAGCUUAUCCUGGGUACGCAGGGGAUUUGUUGGUGGACUCGACAACAGGUGCAAGUUAUAAUGCACAUGGUACAAACGGCAGAAAGUACCUGCUUCCAUCCUUAUACGACCCAUCAUCCUCAACUUGUUCCACAUUGGUUUGAUUAAAACUCAAAGUCAUAUUAUAGAGCAUAGCGACUAGUCUGAGAGAAAAAAAUAGAAUUAUUGUAAAAUCAUAAAUUCAUUUAUUUAUUUUAUUUAUUAUUAUUAUUAAUGGACACUGUAUUAUAGUAAAUUUGUUUUUCACCCCAUUUUUAAUUGAAGUUUACUAAUGCAUGAACUGA